UGUUGGAGCGAGCUCACCCAGUGCCCGGGACUGCAUUGGGAUGGCAUUCCUAAACACAGCCGGUUCUGAGAGCCCUUGGAGCUGGUGGGGUCAGUUAAGCACUUGCCAAGUGCAGUCUCCCCUGUCCCGAGACAGAUCCAGCGAUCUCCUCUGCCGUGGGUGGUGUAUUCCCCCAGCCUCUUUGCAGUUUCUUUCGUGCUGUGGCCUUUUUAAUCGUCACGAUCUUUCUUUUCCUUUCCGGGAGAAACUUCAAGCUACUGUCCUAGGGGAAUGGGAAGGGAACCUGCGCCAGCUCUCUACAAAGAACUGUGUCUCAGAAUGACCCCAGGAGCCAGAGGUGGAAUUUUCCUGGGUUCUGUUGCUGCAGCAGGGAUGAUAGCUGGAUUUGUUACAACAUUAUCACUGGCUAAAAAGAAAAGCCCUGAAUGGUUCAAUAAGGGCAGUGUGGCCACAGCUGCCUUACCGGAGAGUGGGUCUUCUCUUGCCUUGCGAGCUCUGGGCUGGGGCUCACUUUGUGCCUGGUGUGGAGUUGGUGUGAUCAGCUUUGCAGUCUGGAAAGCUUUAGGAGUCCACACUGUUUUCUUUACAAAGUUAAUUUUAGUUUCUAUCUCAAAAGUAACUUCCAUGCACAGACAAUCUUCUUAUCACCUGAUGUCAUCUGAAGAGGAUGAAAGACUUUCGAAGUAAAAUGCAAUCAAUAUUUCCAACAAUUCCCAAGAACUCCAAAUCAGCUGUUGAGUGGGAGGAAGCACUGAAAACUAAAUGAGAUGAGCACAGAUGAGUUCCAACGCGAUCACUGCAGAAAGGGUGGCUUCGGAGGCAGCACCACUGAAAAGGGACUGGGCGUGCUUUCUCCCUAGGACCCGUGCAGAUUGUUGAUGGCAUUCAGCCUCCCCCUGAGCAGGCGGACUUCCUCUGCAUCUGUGCCUCAAUUGGGGAGGGGCAGAUUUCCUAAAGUUAAGUAUUUAAAAAUAGUUAUUGGGAUAACUUCCACAGGUGGAGAGACCUCAGAGGGAAGUACUUCUGUUUAUAAGAAGAAGAAAAGAAUAAACCAUGUUUCAUAACUGAAAAAAAAGUGUAUAGUAAAAGUCUAAUAGAAAAUCUUUACAAGUAGAUCCUUAACAGCAGUAAAACCUCAAUGUAUCUAAUUAAGUAAGUUUUAAGAGCCUUUUUUAUCAAUAUACAACUGAGAAUUUGGAAGACUUAUUCCUGUUUGCCAGACUCCAAAGUGCCAAGGUCAGUGGUGAAACCAGUGCAGUGGGAAAUGGUAGGGAUCGUGGUCCUGAGUGCAGUCUGAUUCACAGCAGGUACAUAUGUGCUUGUUAUUUACCUGGUGACUUCACUUGAUGGCCCUAUAAAUUCUUACACUCAGGCCAGAAAGUCAGUAACAGAUUAUGAUAACUUGAAGAGGUACAAUGGGCUGAAAUAAUAAUGAUGAUAAUCAAGGGUGUAAAAGACACUUUUUUGAGAAUUGGUUCUGGAUCCCUGAACACUGAUUAUUUGUAGUUUUUAUUUCAGUUGAUACAGUAAAAGCAGCUCAGUGUCACCUAUCUUAAAUAUUUUAAAUAGAAAGUAACCUGAGUACUGAAUUAAUAUUGUCACCUCCUGUUUAAUUCUUAUAUAACUAAACCUGUACUCCAUGACCUAUUUAUGUCCACAUGCAGCUUUUCUUACUAUAAAAUUUUCAAAGAAGAAAAAUACUUUUAUUAUGUCAAUAUGUUCAGAGAAAUAACUUCUGGUGGAAAAUCAGUUGCGCAGUUUCUUUAGAAUUGGUUAGGCUCUAAUUAGUCAGCAAUCAACCUUAAUAAAGUACAUUUGAAAUUUCUGUUACAAUGAAACCUUUUAGUUCUAAGGAAAAAUUUCAAAUGAAAUGUCAAGUGCAUAAUGUAACAUUUUUCACUAGACCACAUUACCCUGUUAAAAUUGCCAUAUUGUUAAUUAAACAUGUGUAAUCAGUGUCUGGGAUUCACAUGUAACCUGUUAAAAAUCUAAAACAAAAAGGAAAGGAUUGUGAACUUUAUCAGCACAUGUGGGUAGCAAAAAACCCUUCACCUAGCUUUCAUUUUUGACUAGAUCUCUGUGGAGAAAA